ACAGAAAAUCUGAAGAUUUCAAUUUCGAACGCCCACCUCCCUCUCCCUCUCCCUCUCCCUCUAUCUCUUAUUAAUAAGCGGUCCUCUUGCUUUGCUUUCUUCGAUUUCCCAUUAUCCACAAAACCUUUUCUCUGAAUUCCUUUCACCUGAAAGCAUGAGAUUCAUCUACUUCUUCGCGAUUACAGUGUGUCUCACGGUCUCAUCCGCUCCAAUCUCUGCUCACUUCCUCCCCAACAUAACAUCGAUACCGCCGUGGUUAAAUGCCACACGUGGCGCGUGGGACUCGUUCCGGAAUUUCACCGGGUGCCACCCCGGCGAGAAAGUCGACGGUUUGUCCAAGCUCAAGAACUACCUGCAACACUUCGGUUACAUCACCAACUCCUCGUCUGACUUCACCGACGACUUUGACGACGCUCUCAGGUCCGCGCUCGAGACCUACCAGAAGAACUUCAACCUCAAUGCCACGGGCGAGCUAGACGAACGGACCCUCCAGCAGAUCGUGCGGCCCAGAUGCGGCGUCCCCGACAUCGUCAACGGCUCGACGACCAUGAAUUCCGGCAACAAAACGACGUCGCCGUCGAACGCCACGCAUUUCCACACCGUCUCUCACUACACCUUCUUCCCCGACACGCCGCGGUGGCCGGAGAGCCGGCGGGACCUGACCUACGCGUUCCUGCCGGACAAUCAGCUCUCGGACGACGUCAAGAGCUUGUUCUCACGCGCUUUCGAACGGUGGUCCUCCGUGACGCCGCUGACCUUCACGCAGACGGAAUCGUUCUACGGCGCGGAUAUCAAGAUCGGAUUCUUCGUCGGGGACCACGGCGACGGAGAGCCGUUCGACGGCGUGCUGGGGACGCUGGCCCACGCGUUCUCGCCGACUAGCGGGCGGCUCCACCUGGAUGGCUCCGAGACCUGGGUGGUCUCCGGUGACGUGACCACCUCCUCAGUGACUUCGGCAGUGGACCUGGAGUCCGUGGCCGUGCACGAGAUUGGGCAUCUACUAGGGCUUGGACAUUCAUCGGUGGAGGACGCGAUCAUGUACCCUACGAUCCCGUCGCGGACCAGGAGGGUCGAGCUGGCCAACGACGAUGUCGCGGGGAUUCAGUGGCUAUAUGGUGCAAACCCCAGUUACAAUGGUUCUUCUACUCCGUCUCCGUCCACUGGCGCUGAGGAGAGGGACAAUAGCAAUGCUGUGCACAUGACUUCGGGCCCCAUGUGGGCCAUGAGGGCCUUUUUGGCCGUUGGAUUUGGGUUGUUGCUUUUGUAGUUUUUACGCCAUUUCCGAUUCGUUUUUAUUUUUUAAAUUCCUUUGAUUUUGUAUUUAAUUAGUGAUAGAGGGGAUAUGAGACAUUGCUAUAUUGAUUUGUAAAUGAUUGUUUUUAUACACAGUUUAUGAUUGAUGAUAUUAUACGACGUAGUACCCUUUUAUUUCA